AUGAAGGGAGGGCCAUGUAUGAAGCAGCCAAAGAUGGUUGACCGGGGAGAACCUCCUGCAACAAUGUCCUCAGGCUACUUUGAUUGCCCUCCAAAAACCAUGAUCAUCUUCCCAUGUGUCAGUCUUUUUCAUACUAAAUCAAUUUUCUUUAUACUUACAGGCAUAUCCCUUGGUGUUCAAGUGACCAUUUCAGAAUACAAAAAGAUAGCUAUGUUGUUCCAGCCUGUUGUUCUUCAUUGUCAGUACUCCACCACAUCUGCGCAACAACCUGUGGUGCAGUGGCGCUUUAAGUCAUACUGCAAGGACCGUACUAGAGAUGCCUUCAGCAUCCACAGCACAGCCGCACACGUCAUCAGCCAGAAAGAACAAAAUCCUACAUGGGAUCCAUAUCUAGACUGUGCAGAUAACAGUCGCACUGUCCGAGUUGUGGCUUCCCGUCAGGGCUCUGCAGUCACUUUAGGAGAAUACUACAAAGGACGGGAAAUCACCAUCAUCAACAAUGCAGAUCUCCAGAUUGGGAGAUUAUACUGGGGAGACAGUGGGGCUUAUUACUGCUCUGUUAUCACUCCAGAUGACAUUGUGGGUAACAGUGAACAAAGAAUGGAACUUCUUGUGUUGGGUAGGAGUGAAGUGGUUGCAGAUCUGUUGCCCAGUUUUGAUGUAGAGAUUAUGCCAGAAUGGGCAUUUGUUGCUUUAGUGCUCUCAGGAUCUCUCAUAUUCCUUAUCCUACUUGGUGUAUGCUGGUGCCAGUGCUGUCCUCACACAUGCUGUUGCUAUGUCCGCUGCCCAUGUUGUCCAGAGUCCUGCUGUUGCCCUCGAGCCUUGUACGCAGCUGGGAAAGCAGUGAAAGCUGGACAUCUUCCCAAUGUUGCAGCCUAUCCACCAUACUACAUUCCUAGGGUACCCAUCUCACCAAUUGAUACAAAGCCUCUGCCUCCAACUGCACGUGUGGACAAUGACAUGGGGGGAUCUGUCCGUAGCGGUUACAGGAUUCAAGCCAACAAAGAACAAGACUCCAUGAAGGUCCUUUACUAUGUGGAAAAGGAGCUGGCACAAUUUGACCCCUCUCGGAGAAAAUAUGAACAACCGAGUAACAUGUCAGAGCUGAGUUCACUUCACGAUCAGGACACUGAUUUCCGCCAGACCUUUUCUCAGGCUCGAAAACAAGUGCUCCCCACAAUUACUGCCCAGGACAAUGACUCAGCAUUCAGGGCUCAGCUGGCAAGAGGAUCAGGACAUUUCAAGAGCAGAGAAAAGAGAGACAAUGAACGCUGCAGUAGCAGGUCACGGUCUCGAUCUCGAUCUUGUGAAAGACAAAGGAUUGAAUUCCAUGACAAAGACCAAACAAGGUCACUGGAUGAACUUGAACAAUUUGCUGAAUCAUACCGUUACAGGGGGAGGAAGGGCAAUUCACUGGAGCCAGAACAGUGGGAGAGAAAAGGUGCUGACAGAGGGGAAUAUUAUAGAGCACUCAGAGACCGGUACCACUAUCAAGAUAGCUCUUUGGAUGAUUAUUACAACAAAAGGAGCCGAAGCAGGAAUGAACUGUAUGACACUGACCAGGGACAUAUUUAUAGUAGUCAAAGGAAGAGAGAUAGGCAGGAAGAAUAUCCACUAAGGUGCACAAAUGAUGGUGGCAGAGCCUAUGAUGAUGCUUUCAUGAACAGUAUUUUGGACAGAAAAGCCAAAUGCAAAUCUUAUAAUGAAAGCUAUAGCAGUGAAACCCCUUCCAAAACCAGCAUCAAGCGAGGGAAUGACCAUUAUUAUGGGAAACCUCCAAGCUACAGGACAGAAGAGGAAGAGACACUGCCUCCAUACACCGAAAUGCACUUGCAGAGGCUUAGGCCAGAAGAACUGGCGGGAAGGGUCUACUACCAGAAAAUGGAGUGCCCUCAUGAGAGGAAAGAACAAACAAGACAGAAGAAAGCUAAUCAGUUCCCAGCCAGAGAUGCUCUUGUGGUGUAA